CCUGGGAUCCCUCGCUGAGCGGCCGUGGGCGCCUUGCUCCGCUGUCUCUGUGCCGGGAAACGUGGCUGUUGGGGGCUGGAGAAUGGCCUGGGGGUGGGGGGCCUGCCGGGAGAACCGGGCCGGGCCUUGCUCUUGGAUUCCCUUCUUCCUCGGUUGAGUGUUGAGGCUAGCGGGGGUGUUUCUGCCUUCCCUGUAGCUUCAGAAAUGCCUUAAGACUGAGAGCUUUGUGGCUUUUAGCUCGGCUUGGCUCUGUUCAGGGAGAAGGCUGGAAUGUCCCUGCCGGAGUGGCACAUCGCGGUGAAGCUGGCGGAUCAGCCUCUGGCUCCCAAAUCCAUCUUACAUCUGCCGGAGACGGAGCUGGGAGAAUGCCCUCUCGGUGGGUGCAGCAUCUCGUACCUCAAGCAGCUCAUCACCGGCAAACUGCAGGAGUCCGUCCCAGACCCUGAGCUCAUCGAUCUGAUCUACUGUGGCCGUAAGCUGAGGGAUGACCAGACACUUGAUUUUUAUGGCAUCCAGUCUGGCUCCACUGUUCAUGUCCUGCGCAAAUCCUGGCCUGAACCUGAUCAGAAGCCAGAGCCUGUGGAUAAAGUGGCAGCAGUACGGGAGUUCCGGGUCCUUCACACUGCCCUGCACAGCAGUCCUGCCUACAGAGAUGCAGUCUUCAAAAUGCUGGGGAACAAGGAGUCACUGGAUCAGAUCAUUGUAGCUACUCCCGGCCUCAGCAGCGAUCCUGUUGCUUUGGGAGUCCUACAGGACAAGGAUCUCUUUUCAGUAUUUGCAGACCCCAGCAUGCUAGACACGCUGAUCCCAGCUCACCCUGCACUUGUGAAUGCCAUUGUCCUUGUCCUGCAUUCAGUGGCUGGCAGCACCCCACUCCCAGCCCCAGAGACAUCCUCCCGAGGCAUGUCCUCUGGCUCCUACCGGGACAUGCCAGGUGGCUUUCUGUUUGAAGGUCUCUCUGAUGAUGAAGAUGACUUCCACCAGAGCACAAGAUCUACACCAUCCAGCAGCACUUCUGGUUCCCGCCCAGCUUCCCUUGGCUACGCCGGGGCUGCUGGACCCCGGCCGAUCACCCAGAGCGAGCUGGCGACUGCACUGGCACUGGCAAGCACCCCAGAGAGCAGCUCCCACACACCCACCCCUGGCACCCAGGGUCACUCCUCUGGGACCUCCCCAAUGUCAUCCAGUGUCCAGUCAGGAACACCCAUCACCAACGACCUCUUCAGCCAGGCCUUGCAGCAUGCCCUGCAGGCCUCAGGGCAGCCCAGCCUGCAGAGCCAGUGGCAACCACAGCUUCAGCAGCUGCGAGACAUGGGCAUACAUGAUGAUGAGUUAAGUCUCCGAGCCCUGCAGGCCACUGGAGGGGACAUUCAGGCUGCCCUGGAGCUCAUCUUUGCUGGUGGGGCUCCCUAGCUUUUGGGGCAGAAGAGGCUGGACUGGUGAGUUGCAUUGAGGCAGCUGUGACGUUCCUUGGUCUGGGACUUGGCACUGAAACUUCUCUGCGCUGGGGUUCCUCUCUCCAGCAUGAAGUAGUUGGGGUGGCUGCUCCUUUCCUUGCAGGUGGGCACUGUGCUCCUGUUUGAGAGCACUGGCUGUGCUGAGGGCAGCUCCUCCAGCUCCAGAGACCUCUCUCCACCUCCUUCUUCUGGCCACCAGAGAUGAGACCUCAGAACUUUGUCCAGCACUGAGAAAGAGGUGGCUCUGUGUGUUGGAGAGAUGAGGCACCUCCAGUUCCUCAGUCUUAGAUCUGUUUACACGUUCUCCUGCCCAUUGUUUCAUUCCUGCCCUCCUGACAUGCCUCAGUCUAUUUUGUUUUGCUGUUGUGGCCCCUCUGUGUUUAACUGUAUUAAAUGGACUGUAUUCA